GGGCUCAGCUCCUAUUCCCAAAUUAAAGUCCUGGGCCAGAAAAGACCUUAAAAUAAGGUUGCAGGAUUCUUUUGCAAGCAUUCCAGGGGGAACUUCUACCUGGAAGAAUCAUACUCUUUCCAGGGACAAGAAAUCUUGAGUGGAGAAAGAAUCAUAGCUGGCUUUGGAAUUCCUCUUAACCUGUUGUCCUGAAAAUACCCAACGAGUCUGAUUUGUGUUCCUUCUCUGGCCUUACUCCUGUGUUGAGGAGAUCAAGAUAAGGGCGUGAAGAAAUGUUGAAAUGGCAGCUCAGAAUUGUGUUGGCCAUUGUAUUCUGGAAAGUAAGAUGAGGGCUGAUGGGAUGGUUUGGGGUAGAGAAAACCAAUAAAAAGGACAGCUACACAGAGGGGCUGAGCUACCAAAGAAGUAAGGAUGUGGCUCAGGUGGAUUCUCUCAGCUUUAACCCCAUUUUCCUCACCCAGUGCUCUGUCUGAAGACUCUGUGGGCCUGUUUGGGGACCACGGUUCUCUGUUUCAGGGGAAAUUAUCGAUGGCAUUGAAUCCAAGCCACACUCCCACCCCUACAUGGCCAAUCUAGAAAUCAUCACUAAUGAGACUCAUGUUGGCACAUGUGGUGGGUUUCUCGUAAGUCCAGAAUUUGUGAUGACAGCCGCUCAUUGCAAAGGAAGGAAUAUUACCGUCACUCUUGGAGCUCAUGACAUGACACAGGAAGAAUCCACAUGGCAGAAGCUGUUGGUCACAGAACAAAUCGUUCACCCAAAAUACAGCUCUUUUCUGCUUCUCAAUGAUAUCAUGUUACUGAAGCUACAAAGUAAAGCUAAGCUGACCAACAGUGUGGGGAUCGUUCCACUGCCCACACAGUCUGCCAUCAUUCCACCCCAGAGAAUGUGCUUGGCCACUGGCUGGGGAAAAAUAGGGGUGAAGGAGCCAGUGUCAGAUACUCUGAGAGAAGUGAAGCUGAGAAUCAUGGAUGCCAGGGCCUGCUACCGCUUCCUGUUUUACAGCCGUAGACUCCAAAUCUGUGCAGGCAGUCCCAGGAAGAAAAGCUCAAUAUACAAGGGAGACUCCGGGGGCCCCCUUCUGUGUGAUGGGGUGGCCCAUGGUAUCUCAUCUUAUGUGCGAACUAAUGCAAAACCUCCUGCUGUCUUCACUCGAAUCUCCUCAUACGUGACCUGGAUUAAUGAAGUCCUAAAGGGCAAUGAGCCACAGAAGCCUGGCUAGUCCCAAAGCCAGAGCUCUCCCUGAGUAGCCCUGGGAUUCUACAGAAGCCUGGCUCCUGCCUGAGCCCAGGAGGCUCUCAGAGACACACAAAGGCCCUGCUGGUUGUAUCCCCAAUAAAAGAUAUGCAGCCUCCA